UGUAUGUUUGCGUGUGUGUGACGUGGCCCCUCCUAAUGCAGUGCCGGUGUGUGUCUGUAUAGGGCUGGACCUCCCCUUCUGGCUUCGGAACCGCUAGUCUUCACUUCCCCUUUUACAGGCUUAGCGUUACUCGACUCCCACAGAGGAGACCGCGAUUCGUUUGUAAAGGCGGUGUAUGAAUCCAAUUGGAGGGAUAUCUGCAACCAUAAACGCCAACAGGCUGCGAGCGGAAGGCAUGGGCUCCCACGAGCAGGCGGUGCACUUCUCCAACCAGGACUAUGAGACACUGAAGCAACAGUGCAUUGAGUCGGGCUGCCUUUUCGAAGACCCCUGUUUCCCCGCUGAGCCCCCAUCGCUUGGCUUCAAGGAGCUCGCUCCCUACUCUGCAAAAACCAGAGAUGUGGAGUGGAUGAGACCCACGGAACUGGUGAAUCAGCCUCAAUUCAUUGUUGGCGGUGCCACCAGGACCGACAUCUGUCAAGGAGCACUGGGGGACUGCUGGCUCUUGGCAGCCAUUGCUUCGCUCACACUCAAUGAGAAGCUGCUUCAUCGGGUUGUCCCACAUGGCCAGUCCUUCGAAGAUAGUUACGCUGGAAUUUUCCACUUUCAGUUCUGGCAGUUUGGCGAAUGGGUAGAUGUCGUCAUAGAUGACAGACUCCCCGUCAAAGAUGGCGAGCUGAUGUUUGUGCAUUCUGCUGAGGGCAAUGAAUUCUGGAGUGCACUGCUGGAGAAGGCUUAUGCUAAGCUGAAUGGAACCUAUGAAGCUUUGUCUGGAGGAAGUACCACUGAAGGUUUUGAAGACUUCACAGGUGGUGUGUCAGAGUGUUACGAACUCAGCAAAGCUCCCAGAGAUUUGUACAAGAUCAUCGGCAAAGCUCUGGACAGGGGCUCCCUGCUGGGCUGCUCUAUUGAUAUAACCAGUGCCUUUGACAUGGAGGCUGUAACGUUCAAGAAGCUAGUGAAGGGCCACGCCUAUUCAGUCACUGGGCUGAAGGAGGUAGAUUACCGUGGCAGACAGGAGCGUUUAAUCCGAAUUCGUAAUCCUUGGGGUCAAGUGGAGUGGACCGGUGCCUGGAGUGACAAUUCCUCGGAAUGGGAGCACGUUGAUCCAUCUGAACGAGAUGAAGUGCAUUUGCAGAUGGAAGAUGGAGAGUUUUGGAUGUCCUUCAGUGAAUUCCUGAGACAGUUUUCCCGACUCGAAAUAUGUAAUCUGACUGCUGACGCUCUGAAGGAGGACGCUCUCAGCCACUGGAACACCAUCAAAUUUCACGGCACGUGGAGGAGGGGCAGCACUGCCGGAGGCUGCAGGAACAAUCCCAACACAUUCUGGAUAAACCCUCAGUAUAAGAUCACAUUGCUUGAGGAAGAUGAUGACCCCGACGAUGACGAGGUCGCCUGUAGUUUCUUGGUUGCACUGAUGCAGAAAGACCGCCGUAGAUAUCGCCGACACGGUCAGGAUAUGCACACCAUAGGCUUUGCGCUAUAUGAGAUCCCCGAGGAGUUUAAAGGUUGCCAGAAUGUCCACCUGAAGAAGAAUUUCUUUCUGCGCAAUCAAUCGUGUGCUCGCUCUGAGACUUUCAUUAACCUCCGUGAGGUGAGCACACGGCUCCGUCUACCUCCUGGAGAGUAUCUCAUUGUCCCCUCCACUUUUGAGCCCGGUAAAGAGGCUGACUUUGUCCUCCGAGUCUUCACUGAGAAACAAUCAGAAACAGAAGAACUAGACGAUGAAAUCUCUGCUGACUUAGGAGAAGAGGAAGAAAUAACGGAAGAUAACAUUGAUGAGUCCUUCAAGUCCAUGUUUGCCCAACUAGCAGGAGAGGACAUGGAGAUUUCCAUUCGGGAGCUGAAGACCAUUCUGAACAGAGUCGUCUCGCGCCAUAAGGAUCUGAAGACGGACGGCUUCAGUUUGGAGUCUUGCAGAACCAUGGUCAACCUGAUGGAUAAGGAUGGAAGUGCUCGUUUGGGAGUGGUGGAGUUCCAGGUUCUUUGGAAUAAGAUUCGAAAGUGGCUGCUUGUCUUUAGGCAGUUUGAUCUUGACAAGUCAGGUGCCAUGAGUUCCUAUGAGAUGCGUCUUGCCGUGGAGGCAGCAGGUUUUAAACUAAACAACAAACUGAAUGAGAUUCUGGUGGCCCGGUAUGCAGAGAAUGAGAUGAUCGACUUUGAUAACUUCAUCUGCUGCUUGGUCAAGCUUGAAGCCAUGUUCAGGUCUUUCCUGCAGUUUGACAAAGAGUCCUCGGGAGUGGCUGAAUUGACUCUCAUAGAGUGGCUUUACCUGACCAUGUGUGGUUGAAGAGGACUCUAUACCAAGUUGAGGGAUGGCAGCAGUCUGCAGAUUGUCACGAUUGUUUGAACGCUCAGCCUUGAAAAUCCUGUAACAUUUCCCACCCUAGCGUAUCCAAAGUA